AUGAAAGAUUCUUCGGGAUAUGCUAAUGUGUCUGGAGUCACUCUGCCUUGUUUCCACUUACUGCUGCAGAUUGGAAACUUAGAGGACAUGUAUGUGUUUGAACCAGUGAUGCAGAGGAGACAGUGGGCCAUUAGUGAGGGUACAAGAGGUGGACAAAAGAGGAGGAGUUUGCUUUCACAGCAGGAGCAACUGGAAGCAGACGAACACGUUGACUACAUCCUGGAGCAGGUAGUUCAGAAGAGAGUGAAGCGAUCCUCCUAUACCCCACCUUUAGACCCGCUGUGGCCAAGACAGUGGUCACUGCUCAAUGAGGGACAGGAGGCGGUAGGAGGAAGGUAUGACCUGAACGUGGAGCCAGCCUGGAUCCAGGGUCUCACUGGUAGAGGAGUGACUGUGGGUGUGACCGAUGACGGUAAGACCUCACACUUUCUCUUCACUGGUAGAGGAGUGACUGUGGGUGUGACCGAUGACGGGCUGUGGUACAGUCAUCCUGAUUUGACAGCCAACUUUAGGUCAAAGCUGAGCUGGGAUUUCAUAGACAAUGACAACGACGUAAUGCCACGGCGGAACAGAGAGAAUCACGGAACCAGCUGUGCAGGGGUCAUCGCCAUGGCGAGGAGCAACAACAUGUGCGGCACAGGAAUUGCUUAUGAGACCCAAAUUGCAGGUCUGAGAAUGUUGGACGGGGACGACACCACCGACGCAAUAGAAGCAAGUUCUCUCGGAUUUGCCAACCAGUACAUCGACAUCUACAGCAGCAGCUGGGGUCCCUAUGAUAACGGGUUCACUGUGGGUGGUCCGGGCCCCAUUCUGACCCAUGUCCUGAGGAGAGGCGCUGAAGAGGGUCGUGGUGGUAAGGGGGUGAUAUAUGUGUGGGCAUCAGGAAAUGGAGGGAAAAACGGAGACACGUGUGCCAUGGACGGCUACGUAUCAAGUAUCUAUACCGUUGCGGUAGGCUCGGUGGACCAGUACGGUGUACAGGCUCCGUUUGACGAAGAUUGCACGGGGAAAUUGGCAGUUGCGGUCAACCACAACGCCAACGGCCAGAACAGCCACCAAGUGGUCACUACGGACAACCGGAACAGGUGUAGGGGGAAUUUCAAAGGCACGAGUGCUGCAGCUCCUCUGAUAGCUGGGAUUAUUGCACUCACCUUGCAAGCUAACAAUAAUCUGACUUGGAGGGACGUACAGUAUCUGAUUGUCCACACGUCCAGACACGAAGGUCUGACAACUCCGCGAGAGCCCAGACCGUGGAGAAUGAACGGAGCUGGACUGACAGUGGAGGCCAACACCACCCUGCAGACAGCUUUUUCAGUGGAAAGCAACAAAAGUGAGAUCAGGUCACUGGAGCAUGUGGUGUUCCGACUUUCGCUGACCAUCGAAAACUACACAACCCCACGGUCGCUGGCACAGUACCACAUAAUGCAGUCCCUGUUUGGAACCCACUUUGACCAGGCAGACAUAAACGGAAUCCUCGAGCACAACGGAGCAAGGAGAGGUGACGUGAGUAUCUCCCUUACUUCGCCGUCGGGAACCGAAUCGAUCCUCCUCCCACACCGCGAGAAAGACUUUGUCAAUACGGGGACCCUGAGUUGGUCGUUUAUGUCUGUGCAGCACUGGGGGGAAACCCCCGUGGGUCAGUGGAACAUCGCAGUCAAUUUCAACUCCAGUGAAGGAUACAUACGUAUUUCAGGUCUCAACGUGACGCUGUACGGAAUGUCUCGGUCAUCGGUGACGUCAGUGUCGGAAUAUUGUAGCAACCUACUAACACGAUUAGAACAACUGUAG